AUGGGCCAUUUGCAGCUGAAGCUUGAGAAUGAGCUGCGUUUCUCCUUGCUGGCUUUUUCCUCCUUUGCCGGCUUUGGUCAAGCUUUCGGCGUCGCUUUGUCGCUGGGACCAGAUUCCAAGUCAACCGGACCCCCCGGCGCUCUAACCGUCUACCCUGAGGCCUCUGCCACCGGGGGAAGCCGGUCUUUGCUCGGAAACGUCACGGUUGGGGCCAACUCCUUCGACAUCUCAGCUGACUUCCCUUUAGAAAACUACACCCACGUGCUGGUCUACACAAGGUCGGACUUUGGCGAAUCCUCCAUAGCAGAAGCAGUGCCUGUCGUCGAUGUGUUUUCUCGCGUCACCGACCUCGACUUCGUGGACAAGGACCUCGACGCAGAGCAGCUUGGUGGAUUCGUUCGCUGGAUUGCACCGGCGGAUGUGUCGCAGGUUCGGGCCUCAGGCUGA